AUGAAGCAGAGAAAGCGAUCCAGCAGCGGGUGCUGCGGCUGGUUCCUGGUGAUAAUUGUUUUGGCGGGAAUCGCAUUUGCGGUUUUCGCGGUCCUCAAACACAAAACGUGGGGCUCCGGUUCGCCUGCUCUCGGCGACCCGAAGAAAUACUCCGACGCGCUCAAAAUCGCAAUGCAGUUCUUCGACAUUCAAAAAUCUGGGAAAUUGGAUGAGAAUCAGAUACCUUGGAGGGGGGAUUCGGCUUUAAAAGACGGUAGCGAAGCGAAAAUCGAUCUUUCAAAGGGAAUGUACGAUGCCGGGGACCACAUGAAAUUCGGGUUUCCGAUGGCGUUCACCGCCACGGUACUAUCGUGGGCCAUACUCGAAUACGGUGAUCAAAUGAAUGGGGCGGGUCAAUUAGAACCCGCUCGUAACUCGUUGAAAUGGAUCACCGAUUAUCUCGUAAACUCUCAUCCGACUGCCAACGUCCUCUAUAUUCAGGUCGAUCCGUAAAUAAA